AUGAGGAGGUCGGGUGGGUUGAACAUCAGCAGCUCUGCCUCCCGUCUCGCGGACGACCCGCGAGGACGGAGCAAAAGUCCUGGGGGACUGCGCAACUGGAGAAAUGCAGAGCAUGAGGGCUCGAGGAAUGGCAGUGGCCACUUCCUCUCCCCGAGCAUGCCGGCGAGGGAGCAGGACGCGGCCAUCCUGCAGUCUGUGUCAGGAGAUGACGUGAAGAUCCGGCAGGGGAAGGCGCUUUUGAAGCCUUCGGAGAUCAGGAACAGAACCCCUGGGAAGAAACGGCAGAAGGACUGGGGAGAAUGUCCACUGACCUUCGACAAGAUCAAGGAGCCCGUGCGAGCUAUGGAUGGCAACGUGUACGAGCGAUGGGCGAUCAAGAAGUGGCUAGAGGAGAACGGAAACCGAUCUCCACUCACCAACGUCGUGAUCGACCCGACUCUGACUCCCCUGCAAGACAGCGAUGAAGGGACGGUGAAAGGAUCCCGCUUCGUCUCGUCGCCCCCCAGGGAUAAGGACGGAGUCAAGACUGAGAUCAACACGGUCCUCAACACCGUCAGGGAUGUCGUCAACGUCGACGAGUCUCUCUACACAGACGUCGAGCCCGUGAGCGGCAAGCAGGAUGCGACCCCAACCAGAGCUCCUCUUCCCCGUGCUGCCUCUGCAUCUCCCGCACCAGCUCCUGCUCCCUCUCCUGCUCCAGCUCCAGCUCCCGCUCCUGCUCCAGCACCUUCAGCAACUCCACUUCUUCGCGCCGAGUCUCUUCCGUCUGCUGGACCUGCCCACACUCCGUCUGGUGGCGAAGGUCAAGACGACGCAGGGAACAGGAACAAGAUGAUUGCUGAGAUCAUGCGCGAUACGUCCUUGACGAUGGCGGAGAAGAAUGCAAAGAUACAGGACAUCCGAGCCGGCAAGUUGAAGCCCAGCGCACCGGACGGAGCAGCGACGAGUGAGAGAGAGAAGGCAGAAAGAGUUGACAAGAGUCAACAGCCUCAGGUCAUCAGCCCCAACGAGGUUCACAUCCCGACGACGAAAACUUCACCUCCUGGUGCUCCCAAAGUUCUGUCGCACCGCAAACCUGUUCAGGCAGAGACCGAGGAGAGGAGGGGGGAGGAAAAGGACGUCAAGACACCUGCUUCCAGCAACCCGAGCAGAGGCAUGCCAAAGGAGGAGGUCGAGAGAACAGCUCUGCAAACAGACGAGGGUGGCAACGGUGCAGACAAGGUCGGAGUUGGCAUUACGUUCGGGCAGUUCCACAAGGGCAGCCUGCAUCGAGGGGCCCUCUACGUGAAGCACCUGCAGGACGGGAGCUCAGCUCAUGAGAGCGGCAAGAUUCGUGUCGGGGAUGUGCUGAGCAUGGUGGACGGGAAGGACGUCUACCGCAGCUCCGUUGACUUGAUUCAGAGCUCUGUGCUCGGACCAGUCGGUACGUCUGUAGAGCUGGUUUUCAAGCGCCACACAGCUGGGGCCGACCUGGGCAAUCAAGAGUUCGAGGACAUGGAGACAAUCAUAUCUCGCCUCAUCCGCCGGCCUCCAGCUCCGGGCCAGCAGUUCGGGAUAGUAGAAGAGACGAGGAAAGGGAGGAAAGCAGAGGAGCCAGAGGCGAAGGCCUCCCCUCACUCUAGCAAGGCGGCGGCCAAACCUCCUCCUCCCAAGCCACGUGGGAGCGACACGACAGUGGUGCACACCAUGGAGAGGAAGAAAGUGGAGCUGAUGCAGAGGCACUCGCUGCAUGCGGAGCUGAACCAGUCGCUGGAGAUCAGGUCGGAGAAACCUCCCUUCACGCUCUUCGGAAAGGAGAACUCGAUGGUCACGUGGAUGCUCGAGUCAAAUCACUUCCUUGACCUCUCCAUCCGCUGCUCCUCCAACGAGCUCGUCUGGGCUCAUCGAGUGGUGCUGGCUGCCUCGAGUCCCUUCAUCCGCCAUGCCCUUUGUCAGGACGCGGGAAGUCACACGGAGAUGGUGCUGCAUGACUGCCCGCGGAAGGAGGUGGAGGCGAUCGUUCACUUCCUCUACCACGGGCGGCUCCUUGUCUCCAACGCCUGGGAGCUUAUCGAUCUCUUCCUCGUCUCCAACAGCCUCGAGUUCGAGUGUGUUCAGGAGGCGUCAGAGGACGGUCUCAUCGCUAUGAUCACCAUAGCCACCUGCUGCGAGCUGCUGGAACUCAGCUCCAAGUUGGGGAGCGCCCGGGUGGUGGAGAGCUGCCGGCAGCAUGUGGUGAACAACUUCGAGGAGGUUUCGAGGAGCUCCUCCUUCUUGCGGCUGGACGAGAAGACCCUCGAGAGUUUCUUGCAGAGCGAGCAACUGGUGGCAAGGGGGGAGGAAGUGGUCUACGAGGCGCUUGUUCGAUGGAUCCUGAGGCAGUCCGAGGGGAGGGAUGGCGAGCCGCUGCGAGGAGAGAAGCUUUUCCGCCACAUCCGCUUCGCUACCAUGAGCUCUUCCUACCUUCAAGACAUCGCCCGCAGCGACCUGAUCGCCCGCAGCUCGAGGCUCCGCUCCUACAUCCAAGAGGCUCUCGCUCUCAAAAAGUCUGGAGCGCAAGCCCAGGCAAGACCAUUUGUGGGCGACAAAGAUGCCUCCCCGGCUAAGUCCGACAAGAAGGACGAGGGGAACUCCAGUAUGACCUGCGAUUCAUGA